AUGCCCCCUCUCUCAACCAUGAAAGCCAUCGUCACCGAAAAGACCGGCGGCCCCGAAGUCCUCGAAGUCCGAGCCCACCACCCCGUCCCCACCGCAGGGGAAGGUCAGCUGCUAGUAAAGAACCAGACCAUCGGCAUCAACUACAUUGACACUUACUUCCGCACGGGCCUGUACCCUUCCACCAAACCGGAGAUCUUAGGACGCGAGGCCGUCGGCACCGUCGUGGGCGUCGGGCCUGGUGCCAAUCCUUAUAACUUCAAGGUUGGCGACCGCGUGGCUUGGCUGUCCACCGGUUCGUACGCGGAAUACACUGCUGUUCCGCAGGCGAAGACGGUGAAGGUCCCCGACGAGCUUUCGGAUGAGGAUGUCCUGGGUUCGUUCUUGAGCGGGCUAACGGUCUUGUCGCUGGCGAAAGAGACGUACCCUGUUCAAAAGGGGGAUUGGGUGCUGCUUCAUGCCGCUGCAGGUGGAGCUGGAUUCCUCAUGACACAGAUUCUAAAGAGCAUCGGCGCUACUGUUAUCGGAACGGCCGGCGGUCCCGAGAAGGUUGAGCUUGUUAAGAGCUUAGGGGCCGAUUAUGUGAUUGAUUAUCGCAGCGAGGAGGGCAAGGACUGGGUCAAGCAAGUUAAGGAAAUCACCCACGGUAGGGGUGUGGAUGUUGUCUAUGAUUCUGUUGGCAAGGACACAUGGGAGGGAAGUUUGGAAGCUGUCAAGCGGAAGGGAACUAUUGUCUGGUUCGGAAACGCCAGUGGCCCUGUUCCUCCUCUACCACUGCCCAAACUGAGCCCCAAGUGUGUCAAAGUGGCCCGACCAACUCUCUUUGGCUAUAUUGAAACUCGGGAAGAAUUCGAGUUCUAUGUCAACGAAUUGUUCAAUCUUCUCAAGAGCGGCGACCUCAAGGUGAAGAUUCACAAGGUGUAUCCUCUGGAUCAGGUCGCUCAAGCGCACAGUGAUCUAGAGGGACGCAAGACAACAGGAAAACUGCUUCUGAAGGCAUGA